AAAAUGGCAGUUGCGAGAGAACGAUUCGAAAAAAACCGAAAUCAAAGGAAGAGUCAAAAGUAAAAACGGAAUUACUAAGUUGAGACAUUUAAAAUGAGGAGAUAGAUAUCAGAAAUAUAAAGAGAAGUUAAUAAUAGUACAAAGAAGAAUGAAAACAAAAAAUAACUAUAAAAUCGAUCGAAUAAACAAUAAAUCAGCAAUAGGUAAACAAGAAUAAUGAGUGGAUUUUUAGCAGUUCUACAGGUGGAUAAUACAUUUCAUCGACCACCGGGAGAUAAUGGAAAUAUCAAGACAUGGGAGGAAAUGGGAAUUCCAGCCAAAAUUUAUAUUGUCAAGGGAUUAACUACAUGUGAAACUGUUCAAAGUGGAGGGAAGUUUAGUGAUCAAUUUAAAGAAACAUACUUCAAAGUGAUAUUAAAGUGCAUUGAGGAUGGAGCCGUCGCAGUUGUUACAGGAUGUGGCUUUUUGGCUACAUUACAUGAAGAGAUGGUGAAUAAAUUUGACAGUAUCUUGAUUGGAAGCUCAUCAAUCUUGCAAGUAGGAGUUGCAAGACAGUUUGUUGGCAAAGACAAGACCAUUGGAGUGAUCACAUUUGAUGCCAAAAACUUGACAAAUGAGCAUUUGCGUGUGGCAGGAGCACCAUUGGACACGCCGGUGGUAGGUGUAGCCGACGGGUCGAGCUUUCAGAAGAUGGUAUACCAAGAGGAGGAGUUCCACCACGAGCAGCACGAGCAGGAUGUAAUGGAAGCGAUGGAGAGACUCGUGGAUCAGUGUGGAGGUCUAAACAGACUUGGAGGAGUGGUGUUGGAGUGCACCAACAUGCCUCCCUACAAAAGAGCCAUCUGGGAUAGAUACAAGCUUCCUGUGUGGGACAUUACCACUUUAGGCAAAUGGCUCUACGAGGCCGCACAGCCCAGACCAUUCGCCCGAGAGUGACCCGGUCGUUGUUCUGUCCCACUGUGUUGGUCUCAAUUCCACCGGGCAAGCGCGUGUAUAUGUGAUGCUAAGCAUCAUGUUGCCUGGAUGCACUGCAUUAAGCGUGGUUCAACACCUUUUCAGGCGCGCGCUGCGAUUGGCCAGCGUCCAGCCCAACAAUCCCUGAGCAAACCAACAACAAAGUGACCGUAAACGGAAGAAGGGUAAUAUGCUUGCUUCUCUGCCUUUUGUUGCCUUUGUGUCAGGGUUGCCCGGUCUGGCCGAGGGAAUUUAUAUUAUACUGCGAUGCUCUGCCUCCCUUACCUCCAGUUUAGAUCU